AUGACGUCCAUCGACCCGACAGACCAGGAGCAGAGCGGCUUCACGUGCAUCAAUGACGUAGCCGCCUGGACGGGCUUAGCAGGCGACGGCACUGACACAUCGACGCCGAGGGGGUCGCUGUACCAGGCGCUCGGCAUCACGGGCGUGGAGCACCCGCGCGUCAUCGGCAAUCUGAACGCCGACGACUACACAGCCAUCAUCGCCGCGUUGAACCUCCAGAUCCCGCAGGCAGGCGGCGGGGACCCCCAGAGCCAGGAUCCCACUCCGGCACAUUUGUCCCAGGCUGGGCGGCAAAGGAGAGCAUGCAGAGUGACGGCGACGGCGGCGAACGCCGCCAACAACAACGCGAGCUCGCCAGCCAAGCGUAAGGUGAAGAUGGCGGGCACGAUCAACCAGACGGACGACACGGAUAUUGACAUCUUAGACGAGACCGCCAUCAAGGCGGCGUACAAGAGGUACUACGACAGGAUCGGGGCCUUCCCUCCAGCGGAAGAGGAGCUGAGCAAGGAGCAGCUCUCCACCCUCUUCGAGGCGUUCCAGUCAGGAGGAGCACCGUAUACGGACAUGGCCGUAUGGGGGCCGCACCACCACAGGAUCCAAAAGAAGAUCAGGCUGCGCGGCGUGAAGAUCCCCCCCACGGGCGAGGUAACAUCCAUUGAGCUCACAGGCCCCGCAGACUUCGAGGACUGGCGAGCAUGCUAUGCGGUGUUCAAGGUGGGGUGUAUCAUGUUCGACCAGAUAUCUCCAGCGAGAUUGGACGGUUACGAGAAGCACCUCCGAGGGCUACACGAGCGCUACGGGCGCCAGUGCUGGGCGCUGAUAUACCAAGCAGAUGUUCGAGCAAGACUCGAGUUGUCGGAGAGAUUGCGGAGGAUCGGCAAGGACGAGGAGGAGCGCGCUGUGGCCACGCAGGCGUUCCACGACUUCGACGACACCAAGCCGUGGGGAUGGGUCCGGUCAAAGCUAAUAUCAGACGUCCAGUUCUGGCUGAGAGAGGUACAGGAACCCGCUGUACUUGUGUUGGCUCGCACGGCCUCCCUCAACCAGAUGAUCGAGCACGGCGCCCCGAUCAUGCCGACGAAGAACAUGGAGCUGUGCAGAGGCUUCCAGACGGGCGAGUGCACUGAGCAUGACGCACGGAACAUCUGCCGCAGAAUCCCACGCCUCAAGCACCAGUGCGCGAAGUGCCUGUCCAGCGACCACGGCGCCAACGCGUGCACGCACAAGGUAGCAGCGCCCCCGACGGCUCCAGACACACAGCCGCAGGGCGAGAAGUGCGGGCGUACUUCGGAUCCUGGAGUGAAGCGGCAUUCAGAUGCUAAAGUUGACAUCAGCAGAAGAGUGUCACUGAAGACGGAUCACGAUUUCGCCGACAAGCACGUGCCAGACAUGAAAACAAAGGAGGACUCCGACGCCAACGUCUACGCCUGCGAUCUCACCAAGAAGCUCCCUCAGGACCUCGCGGAAGGCCUCGAGUUCCUGUGCCUGUUCAGCGGACCAGCGGGACGCGAGGGCGGGUUCGCCCAGGCGAUUCGGGAGAUGGGAGGCAUGUGUGAGGAAUGGGACAAGAUCAACGGCGACGACCAGGACCUAGCCGGGGAGGAGAACUGGAGAAGACUGAUGGCACGAAAGGCGGUGUUUGCUGGCAUAUUGGUGGCGCCACCCUGCAACACCUUCACGAGAGCUCGGAGAAGGCGCAGGGAAGGCGACGGCGGCCCACCGCCGCUACGCGGAACUCGAGGUGCAGACAGAUACGGAUUCAAAGAGCUGGCUCCUCAGGAUAAGGAGAAGGUCAAGAUGGGCACGCUGAUGGCGGUAAGAGCGGCGGACAUGCUGGCAAGCAGCACCAUGGACAACACGCCGACCAUCAACGAGCAGCCCCACUUCGACCCUGAGGACAGCGAGAGCACGAGUAUGUACAACCUCGACGAGUUCCAGACCAUCCGACGCAGCGGGAACAUCUCCAUCACGACCGCGGUCCAGUGCGCGUACGGUGCCGAAGCCGAGAAGAGAUCAUCCCUCAUGGCGACGGGCAUCGACCUCUCGGAUGCCUUCGGCAGGUGCAAGCACGAGUCACGCUGGUGGAGGCGCCCGUCCACAGGCGAAUGGCACUGCGGCCCUCGCCCACCUCUAGUGGGCAAGGAGAAGAUGAUACCCGCGGGUGAGUGGAAAAGAGACAUGCUCCUGAACGACACGCAGUACCACCGCAAGUACGCUAACGCCCCGUUCCUGACACAGAGCGCGCAGGCGUACCCCACGGGCCUCAACCGGUACUUGGCGGUGAAGCUGGCGACCAGAGCAAGACAGAUUGCAAGGGCAAGGUCGCAAGAACAUGAGCAGCUCGUGAACGUCGGCUAUUGGCGCAACACGCUGGUUAGGAAGCAGGACGCCAGACAGCCAGAUCGCUCAGAGCAUGGGGACACGAAGGCGACGAACGAGAUUGCUUUCAGCCACUCGCUUAAAGGCAAUCGGACGCUGGACGUCAAGGUCAGGGAGCUGGAGAACGAGAACUGCAUCGGGGGCAUGAGACACCCCAGGCAGAGCAUAGAGAAGCUAGUCAACUACGGGGCGAUCAGCUUGCAGCUCAGACAUGGUCUGGGGCAGCUCUUGGAUGCCAACCCGCACGUUCAGCACGCAUGCCUCGAGGCCAUAGGUUCAGACAAGGAGGCGGCAGGCCCCGACGCCACCAUGCUGGACCAAGUGGCCACCAUCAUCGGGGGCACGGUGGGCACCAAGGACACCGCGUGCGUCGCAGGCGAGCUGUACAACACACCCAUCCGAGCGAGCCUACUCGCAGCAUGGGCUAGGCGCGCCAACGACAUCGACGCUGACCACGUCGAGGACUGGCUCAAGCACGGAGCCCCAGCGGGCAUCGAGGCGGACACCGCGGAUCGGGGCAUCUUCCCCGCGGUCGACGCGGACGAGAUCAAGCCCUUACCUCAGGUACUGGAUGAGCACGGUGGCGAGCCCUCGUUUCACAACUACUCAUCGGUGGACGGCGACCCUGAGGCGAAGCCGGAGGUUGAGAGGCUCAAAGCCACAGGCUACGUCGAGACGUUCAAGUCAUACAGGGACGCCUGCUCAUGGCUUGGGGCCAAGCCCAACGUAUCCAAGUUGGGCAUGAUCACCAAAGUCAAGAAUGGCAGGGUCAAGCGGCGCUUGAUCUUAGAUUGCAAGGAGUCCGGAGUCAACGCCACGGCGAGGCAGAGGCAGAGGAUCGUGCUCCCGAGGCUGUCGGACGUGAUCGACGACGCCCUCUACCUCGCCAAGGAAUGCCACUCAGACGCUGACGAAGGAGUGGAAUGGCUGGUACUUGACUUUACGGACUGGUUCUACAAUAUACCGCUCAAGCAUCAAGAGCGCAGACAUUUCGUCGCAUAUUUCGACGGCGAGUUUAUCAUUUUUCUGACCAUGGCCCAGGGCAGUGUAAAUGCACCCCUAGUGUGCGGACGGGUCGCCGCAAUGAUUGCACGACUCACUCAGUCAUUAUUCUGGUCAAACGAGCUCCGCCUCCACAUCUACGUGGACGACCCGAUCAUCGCGGCGCGCGGGAUCAUGAGCCAGCGCGACGGGUGUUUCGCCCUCGUCAUCUUGACCUGGAGGGCGCUGGGCCUCAACCUCGCAUUCAAAAUGGCGGAUCGAGGCCCAGAGGUCGACUGGAUCGGAGCUCACUUGACAGUCAAGCAGCAACCCGAGCAGGCCAUGGUGGUCACAGCCAAGCAGGACAUCGUCGACGACGUGCGCCAGAUGGUCAACGACAUGCGCAAGACGAACGUCGCUGCAAUUAAGGACGUGCAGUCACUCGUGGGCAAGGCCAAUCACAUCGCAGGCAUGAUCGAGGCAUGGCGCCCAUUCUUACAGGGCAUCUGGAGCACGAUUGCAGCGUACAAGCGGGGCGAGGCCAGCAACGCCCCACGACAGUGCAUCUGGACCAAGCAGAUUGCACAAGCCCUCGCAUGGAUCCAUGCCUUCCAGGAGGGGACCAUGGGCUCUCUCACGCGGAUCUACCGCGUCAAGGCCUACUUCGGCUAUGCCAAGAAGAUUGCGAUCAUCACCGGCGCCUCGCCCUGGGGGCUCGGCGGGUAUCUACUCGUGGAGAACGUGAUCAUGGCCUACUUCACGAGCCCGCUCACCCAGACUGACGCGGACAUCAUGCACGUGCCGCUGGGCGAGGCCGCAGGGCAGCAGGUAUGGGAGGCCCUAGCCAUGCUGGUCGCCCUACGGUUGUGGAGGCAAGCGUGGCUGCAGCAGGGCAUCUACCUCGCAGCGACGGCGGAUAGCAUCUCCACGCUCACCCUCCUGCUCACCUUCAGGGCCCGCGCCGCCUCGCACGGCCUUGGCGUGGUAUGCCGAGAGAUGGCCCUCGAGUUUGGCGAUUGCGCCUACAUACAUAUCCCGGGCAUUGCCAACGACAUAGCCGACGAGCUCAGCAGGCGAGCACAGCCGGGACACCAGAUCAGGCACCCGCGCGCUCUUGCCACCGCCGCCGAAUUUUUCGUGGCGCCUCGCCUGCCGAGCUUCUUCCGCGCCCCCCCGCCCGCUUCGCAAGUGCAGAAUGAGGGGGCGGGUUAA